AUGGAGCAAGACGUGGAGAGUCCCAUCUCGAUACGGCAACCAAAGCUCCCAAAACAAGCCAGGGAGGACCUCAAACAAAAGUGCACAAAACGGAAGAUCCAGAGAUACGUACGCAAGGAUGGCAAGUGCAAUGUUCACCAUGGGAAUGUUAGAGAGACCUACCGCUAUCUGACUGAUAUCUUCACCACUCUGGUGGAUCUCAAAUGGAGGUUCAACCUGUUUAUAUUUGUCUUGGUUUACACAGUAACAUGGCUGUUUUUUGGAAUGAUAUGGUGGCUUAUAGCAUACAUUCGAGGAGAUCUGGACCAUUUACAAGACAAAGACUGGAAUCCAUGUGUGGAUAAUCUUAAUGGAUUUGUUUCAGCUUUUUUAUUCUCAAUAGAGACAGAGACAACGAUUGGCUAUGGACACAGGGUCAUUACGGACAAGUGUCCAGAAGGUAUCAUACUUCUACUAGUACAGUCUGUUUUAGGUUCAAUUGUCAAUGCCUUUAUGGUUGGCUGCAUGUUUGUUAAAAUAUCCCAACCCAAAAAAAGGGCUGAGACUUUGGUCUUUUCAACCAAUGCUGUUAUAUCCAUGAGAGAUGGAAAACUGUGUCUGAUGUUCCGGGUGGGAGAUCUCAGGAACUCGCAUAUUGUAGAGGCAUCAAUAAGAGCGAAAUUGAUCAAAUCCAAACAGACGAAGGAGGGGGAGUUCAUACCACUGAACCAGACGGACCUAAAUGUUGGGUAUGACACUGGAGAUGAUCGACUAUUUUUGGUUUCUCCUUUAAUUAUAAGCCAUGAAAUCAAUCAGCACAGCCCAUUUUGGGAGAUUUCAAAAGCUCAGUUACCAAAAGGAGAUCUCGAGAUCGUGGUCAUCUUGGAAGGCAUGGUUGAAGCAACAGGUAUGACCUGUCAAGCCCGAAGCUCUUAUGUCCCAUCGGAGAUCCUGUGGGGCCAUCGAUUCACGCCAGUCCUCACCCUAGAGGACGGGUUUUACGAAGUGGACUACAACAGCUUUCACGACACCUACGAGACCAACACGCCGUCCUGCAGCGCCAAAGAACUGGCCGAGAUUAUCAGCAGGGCGGAAAUGCCACUGAGCUGGUCCGUGUCCAGCAAACUCAAUCAGCAUCCGGAAUUAGUCAACGAAAACGGAGAGAAGAACCCAGAGGAUCAGCCAGAAAGGAACGGAGAUGUGGCCAACAUAGAAAACGAGUCAAAGGUUUAA